CCCUCCCCAACCUCUCACUCUUCUACACCUCAAAAAAAAAAACAACUCUCCCUCUUCCUUCCGGGAGAAACCAUGUCGAAACCGCCACCGCCACCGCCGACGCCGCCCGCCUCCGAGGCCUCAUCUUCUGUUGCUGCGGCCGCUCCUCGCUCCCUUCCUCCAACGCUCCUCCUCCCUCCUUCAUCCAGCGGGAACCGAGGCGCGCGCGGCGCGGGGAGCAGGAAGGGCAAGGCGCCGGUUGGUUCAGCGGCCGGCGCGCAGGGAGGGGGACACCAGCACGACCCGCUAGUGGAGGCGGUGAGGUUGGUUGGGAGGGACGUGGACCCGGGGGUCGCCGGCGCUGACAUCCUGGAGCUGGCGAUGGCCAAGGGGCCCAUGUUCUCGUGGCUGAGGUACUGGCCGGAAGAGGGCUAUCCCGAGGAGGGCCGACCUUAUUGAAGCCCAUCUUGGCUGUUAGGUAUAUACUAUAUUGCAAUUUUAUUAUGCGUCAGUGUUGGGGCCUUUUCCCCUGAUCGAUCCAGUCCAGGAGUUGAUCAUCUCCCGUGCCGCUAAUUAUCAUACUGCCAAUGACUAUCCUGUGCACCUAUGUAGUUCAAAAUGUGCUUAAGUUUACUACAGACAAUGAUCCAAUGAUCUCUUCAGUGUGAGUUUAUCCUCACUCGGUGUCUGAAAUGAUAUGUGGUGGUGCGAAAUGGAUCAUGUCUUGCCAAAUUGGCCAAUUUGAGUUAUAGCCUUGCUAACUCUUUUUGGUUGUGUAUGGGCA